ACCGGCCAGAGUAGGGGCUCGAGAGCCGCCCGCGGACUGGGGGAAAAGUGUUUCUUAGACUUGGCGGUCGCUACGGCCCCGACCACCCACGUCGGGGUGGUGGGCUGAACGCUCCGAGGCUUCGGCUCCUGGGAGAGGCGGCGGAGGGCGUGUACCGCGCUUGCAGUUUCCUCUCGCCGCGCCUCGGGGGCGUUUUCAGUCGAAUAAACUUGCGACCGCCACGUGUGGCAUCUUUCCAAAGGAGCCGGCUCGCAGCGGCCGGCGCGCCCGUCGGGGGGGAUCGCGCCCGGCGCGGGGCACGAGCGGCGGCGGCGGCAGCGCGGCGGAGCCCGGGGCCGUGGAUGCUGCGUGCGGAGGCGCUGCCGGUUACGUAAAGAUGAGGGGCUGAGGUCGCCUCGGCUCUCCUGCGAGUCGGAAGCGCCCCGCGCCCCCGCCCCCUUGGCCGCCGCGCCGCGCCGCGUUCGUCGUCCGAGACGAGGGCAGGGCGAGCCGAACCUCCGCAGCCGCCACCGCCAAGUUCGGCCGCGCCGCCGCCGCCGCCGGGGCCGCCGUCGCCCGCACCAUGUCCGCGGCCGCCUACAUGGACUUCGUGGCCGCCCAGUGUCUGGUCUCCAUUUCGAACCGCGCUGCGGUGCCGGAGCACGGGGGCGCUCCGGACGCCGAGCGGCGGCGACUCCCGGAGCGCGAGGUGACCGCGGAGCACGGCGACCCGGGGGACACCUGGAAGGAUUACUGCACGCUGGUCACCAUCGCCAAGAGCUUGUUGGACCUGAACAAGUACCGACCCAACCAGACCCCCUCGGUGUGCAGCGACAGCCUGGAGAGUCCCGAUGAGGACCUGGGAUCCGACAGCGACGUGACCACCGAAUCUGGGUCGAGUCCUUCCCACAGCCCCGAGGAGAGACAGGAUCCUGGCGGCGCGCCCAGCCCGCUCUCCCUCCUCCACCCCGGAGUGGCCGCGAAGGGGAAACACGCCUCCGAGAAGAGGCACAAGUGCCCCUACAGCGGCUGUGGGAAAGUCUAUGGCAAAUCCUCCCACCUCAAAGCCCAUUACAGAGUGCAUACAGGCGAGCGGCCCUUCCCCUGCACGUGGCCAGACUGCCUUAAAAAGUUCUCGCGCUCCGACGAGUUGACCCGCCACUACCGGACCCACACGGGGGAGAAGCAGUUCCGCUGCCCGCUGUGUGAGAAGCGCUUCAUGCGGAGCGACCACCUCACCAAGCACGCCCGACGCCACACCGAGUUCCAUCCCAGUAUGAUCAAGCGGUCGAAAAAGGCUCUGGCCAACCCCUUGUAAGGUGCUGCCCACGGAAGCCAGGGAGGGAUGGACCCCAGAAAGAUGAACCGACUCCCCACAAGUGGACAGAUGGACCCGUGAAAAUCAAGCCCCAGCAGAGACGCCCCCAGCGGCCGGCCCAAGCAUCCCGGAGCAUGGGCACUCUUCAGAGCCCCUCCCCCUGCAUUGUUUUUUAAAAGCACAUUGUAGCCUAAGAUCAAAGUCCACACUUGGUCCCCGUGCAGAGGCAACUCAGUGUCUCUGACUGCUGGAGGGAAGGCAAAUGCUUUUUUUCUCUUUCUCUCUCACUCUCUUUCUCCCCCCCUCCCUCUCUUUCCCUCUCUCUCCUUUAUUCUGGGGGAGGGGUGAUGGGGGGCGGAGCGUGGGGUGAGUCCGUCUCAGACUGGGGUAGAAUUUUCAAGAUUCAACACUGGUGUACAUAUGUCUGACGGGGUGCGUUGGACCUGUGGCUCCCACAGCGAUUCUGGGCACUUCCUGCUUGCCGUUUCAGAAUUGUUUUUUUCUUAGCCUUUCAAUGUAACGACAAAUGUGCUUCCGUUUCUUUAGCAAAACCACUCUCUUGAAUCACGUUAACGUUUGAGAUUACAAACCGCCAUAGCACAGCUGUCUUUAUGCAAGCAAGAGCACACCUACUCCAGCAUGAUCUGUCAUCUAAAGACUCGACAACAAACCAACCAACAAAAGUUACUUCUAGUCCAUGGGUAAGCGGAGUCUGAGUUUCUACUAAUGGAGACAAGCCUGGAAAAAGGUCACACUAAGUACAGAACUUUCCGAACCUUGCUUCGUACGAAUUGUACUUUCUUGAGCAUAAGCUGCACUUUUAUUUUCUAAUGCAGAGGAUGAAUACGUUAAAUACAUGCUUUAAGGAUAGUAGCAGACAUUUUGUUUGGAACCAUGUUAUAAUCUGCUUAUUUUAUAGUCUCCCCAUUUCCCUAAGAAAUCAUGGCAGAGUUGUGAGGGCAGAAUAUUAUACAACAGAUGCUGAAGGAGAAGGAGGGUAGUGUUUAAUUUUUUUAAGUUAAAAAACCAAGCAAUUAACUCUACUAACCGUUCCCAAAUGUCCAAUCCUUUAGUUUAGCAUCCUCCGAACUGUACCGCAAUGCCACAAUGGGAGCCGGUCUUGGAGUCUGUUGGGAUUUCUUUGAAUGGGUACCCAACAGUCACGAGUUCUGGAAACACCUAUUUUGUAGGGGGAGAAGGUUUGCCAAUCUCCAUCCCGUGUCCCUACAAAACUCCCGUAUCAGGUGCAAGAGUUAUGCAAAAGGAAAAGGGAGAGGAAAUGUGAAAAGGAAAACUAUAUCCCUAUCAGUCGUGAGUGCCAAGAGAAAAUACCACGGUGACGGUGAUCUCAGGGGAACCUCGUCAACAUCCUCCCGUUCUGAGAAAGGAAGUGCAUAUAGAACAUGGCAGGCUGAAAACACAUCACUGUACCUUUUCCGCCCGGAGCCUCACCACUAUCUAUCUUGUAUCCAGGUGUCUAGAAAUGGCCUAAACCACUACAUCCAUAAUACGCCAUGUACCUGAAAACUUAACUCUUGGCCUUCCCCAGAGGCCAGAAAAGAAACUGAGUUUUCAGAGGCAAGGAGAAACCUCAAAUAGGGGAGUCAGCAGUGAUCGUGGGGGAAAUGUUUACAUUAAUUUUUUUCUUUCAGAAAUAAUACUUUCUGACAAUUUUAUCUGAUCUGUCAAACAGGGAGCUCCGGUGCACUCGAGUUUAUGCAUGUGCUAGCAAAUGUAUUGUGUAAACGUAGGGUGCUACCUCUCAGUGAACCCGUUAGCUCACUGACACACCUGCUCAUUUCAGGUUCCGAAGCAGUGUAGACACCUGCAGCAGGCGUGGGUCACAGCUGACUCCGACUUCCAAUACAAUAGCCAUCACUAGCACGGUGUGUGUUUUAGUUUUCUUCUUUUUUUCUUCUUCUUUUUUUCGUCUAACCAACCUAGUUGCAUUAGUGGUUCUAUAAAGAGAACCUGCUUUUAACAGUAGGACUGGGCGCAGUCCGUGGGAGAAAAAGGAAAGUGUUUUCUCACGGGAAAACACGUCAGGAAAAAUAAAAGAACACUUUCUACCUCUGUUUCAAAUUUUUGAAACGCUUAUUUUAAACCAAAUUUUAAUUUCUGUGUCCAAAAUGAGUUUUCAGGACAUCUGUUCUUCCAUAUGAAAUAGGUUCGGCUGCCUGUUUCUGAACCGCACUCACGGAAUGGUUCUGCUUGUGCUCCUCUGCGCGCUGCCUUUUAGUGAGUGAGGAACUUGGGGUUGCCUAGCAACCCCCAAACUUGUACAAACUCAUCCUUCCCUCACAGAGAGAAAUGAAGGAAAACCAAGCAAAGUCAGUGAAAGACAAUCUUUGUAGUUUCCGAAGCAAAUCUAUAUGUGGCUUUUGUCCAGCACUUAGAUGGAUGUCAAUUCAGCAACUUCUUUAAAAUAAUGCACAAUUUUUUCCCCAGCCCCCAAAGUUGCUACUUGCCUUUUCAAGUUGUUGAAGAACACACAUUUGAUAUUCUCUUAUAUGUUAGAGUAAUGUAACAUAUAAACUCAAGGCUUUUUAUUCUUGUGAUGAAUCCUGUUUUAAAAUGUCACAAAACAGGAACCAGCAUUCUAAUUAGAUUUACUCUAGCAAGAUAUGGUUCAAAUAGGACUACUAGAGUUCGUUGAACACUAAAACUAUGAAACAAACUUUUUAUAUUAAAAAGACCAUGGAUUUAACUUAUAAAAAUCCAGAUGCAGGAUAGUAAUUUUUGUUUACUUUUUUAACCAAACUCAAACUUUUGAAAGACUGUUGCAGGGGUUUCAAAGAGAAAGAGAAGUUGUUAUAUCUAAUAUUGUAAGUUGUUGACCUAUUCUGGUAAAUUAAAUAGUUUUAGAGUUAAGAGAACUCCUCUCCUGGGUUAGGGAAGAAGAAAGCCCUUCACCAGUGUGGAAUGAUGCCCUGGCUUUAAGGUCUAGUUCUACAUCAUGCUUCUUUUGAAAAUUAUAUUUGGUAGUUAAUAAUCACAGAAAACUGGUUCUUUAGUCGGUUUGCAGGUAGACUUAGCACAGCACUCAUCACUCUGGAUAGACUGAAAUGUUCUUUCACACAGAUGAAUGAUCUGUAACACUGUAAGAUACUGAUCUUUACAACUGUUUAAUCAGUUUUAUUUUUGUACAGUAUUAGUGACCUAAGUUAUUUUGCUGUCCCGUUUUUGUAAAUCAAAUGAAAUUAUAAAAGAGGAUUCUGACAGUUGGUAUUUUGUACAUAUGUAUAUAUGUUGUCCAAAUAAAAAUAAUAAAAACAAUAAAGAUUGGA